ACAGAGGCGCGGUGUGGAGGCCUCUGGGACCGGGCGGGCGGACCGGCGAAAGUUGUCUGUAGUAUAAAUAAUGGUGGAGACCUCUCGACCAGCAUCCAGUACUCGUUUGGCUCUCCUGGUCUCUUGAACGCACAGCUAUGAGACAUCUGUGUCUCGUCGCUUUUCUGGCGCUGUUCGCCUUCGCGUCAGCAGCCAGCAAAAAAGAGGAUCUCGAACGAGCAGCCGAGCUCGCAGUCGAGAAAGCGGCGGAAAAGGCGGCCGAAAGGGCGGUUGAAAAGGACAUCGAAAGCGGUUCAAAAUCAACGGAAACAAAGACGGUCCACGAGUCCCACUUGAGCACGGACAAGAAGAACGAUAAGCGUAGCACGCUCGGUCUUGGCUAUGGCUCCGGAUCCGGAUGGCAAACGCUGGGUUUAAACGGCGGCUGGCAGUCGUUGGGUAAUUCCAACAAUGGCUGGCAAUCGCUAGGUUCAAACGCUGGCUGGCAAUCGCUGGGUUCAAACGCUGGCUGGCAAUCGCUGGGUUCAAACGCUGGCUGGCAAUCGCUGGGCAAUUCUAACGGCGGCUGGCAGUCACUGGGCAAUUCGAACGGUGGCUGGCAAUCGUUGGGCAAUUCGAACGGUGGCUGGCAAUCGCUGGGCUCAAACGGUGGUUGGGAUUCAUCGAACCUCGGCAACGCGGGCUGGCAAUCAUCGGGCUUGAGUGGCAACGGAGGAUGGAAAUACGGUUCCGGAAACGGGGGCUGGCAGCUGUCCGGCGUUAACGGAGGCCUCUACGCAGGUGGACUGGGUGUGAAUUCCGGUCUGGGUUACGGAGGUGGCUGGUCGGGCGGAAGUUACGGUGGCGGCGCAAUCGCGGGUGAAGGAGCAGUUCUGGGUGGAGUCCAGGGCUGGAACGGCGGCCAGAAAUUGAUCUCGAUAAACACCGUGAAGACGUUGACGGUUGAGAAGAAGAUUCCCGUACCAGUGACGGUUGACAAGAAGGUGCCGGUCCCUGUUUACCGUCGAGUUCCGUACGAGAUCAAGGUGCCAGUUCCGGCGCCCUUCACCGUCGAGCGCAAGGUGCCGUACCCCGUCAAACACUACGUGACCGUCCCAGUCCACGUGCCACAGCCCUACCACGUCGUUAAGCCCGUACCCUACGAAGUCAAGGUCGACAGACCCGUGCCGGUCCCGGUUCAGGUCAAGGUGCCGCAGCCGUACACCGUCGAGAAGAAGGUGCCGGUCGAGGUCAGGGUGCCUGUGCCGCAGCCCUACACCGUCGAGAGGAGAGUACCGUACGAGGUCAAGGUACCCGUCCAUGUGCCCCAGCCCUACGAAGUUGUCAGGAACGUCCCCGUACCCGUCAAGGUCCACGUUGACCGACCCUACAGAGUUGACGUGCCCAAGCCCUACCAGGUCUUCGUUAAAAGACCAUACCCCGUAGACGUUCCCAAACCCUACCCCGUCGAAGUUAAGGUUCCGGUCGACAGACCCUACCCAGUUCCGGUCGAGAAGCCGUACCCCGUUCACGUCAAGGUCAACGUGCCGCAACCCUAUAACGUAGAGAAGCCGGUUCCUUAUCCGGUCGAGAAGCCGUACCCGGUCCCAGUCAAGGUACCGGUGGACAGACCGUACAACGUCGUUGUUGAGAAGCCGUACCCAGUCACCGUCGAGAAACCCUAUCCAGUUCCAGUCCAGGUCCCAGUUCCCGUUAACGUUGGUUCUAAUGGUUGGAACGCUGGAGGUUCCGUAUCAACGAACGGCGCCAGCUACGUCGAAUCUUCUGGCAUCGCGACUGGUGGAAACUUCGUAGCAUCUUCUGGUCUUACCAACUCAGGGUCUUACGGAGGCGUUUCCGGACUCUCCGUAGAGCAGGGAUACGGAUCCGCGGAUCUUUCUUCUCAGGGCAUAAGCUCCGGAUCGGUCUCGAGCUUGUCCUCUGGUGACUUGUCCGUACAAUCUGAACUCACUCCACCUGUUCUCUCGGCGGGAAGUAGUUACGGCUCUGGAUGGUCGUCCCAGGGAAGCGGCGAACUGAUCAACUCUGGAAGCGGACUGGUUAGCUCUGGAAGCGGAUGGUCGUCCCAGGGAACUGGCGAACUUAUCAACUCUGGAAGCGGACUGGUUAACUCUGGAAGCGGAUGGUCGUCCCAGGGAAGCGGCGAACAUAUCAACUCCGGAAGUGGAUUGGUUAACUCUGGAAGCGGAUGGUCGUCCCAGGGAAGUGGUGAAUUGGUCAGCUCUGGAAGCGGACUGGUCAACUCCGGAAGCGGAUUGUCGGUACAAGGAAGCAAUGGAUGGUCCAGUCACAAGAACACCGAAUGGUCCGGUGAGAAGAACAGUGGGUGGUCAAGAAGCUAGAGGGUUUUCGACUCCAGCGUUCCAGCGAUAACUUUUGUACAUUGUAAUAAUAUUGCUUGAACGAGUCGAUGAUGUUUCAAUUUUUGUACCUACUGCUAAUAGUCACGUGUGUAUAUUGAUGUUAAUAACAUAAUGAUAAUAUUGUAAAAGGAAAGACCGAAACACUUUGUAUACACCGAUGUGUAAUAAAAGACAAUUUUUAUACGAA